AUGUCAGAGAACCCCACUGAUAAAGAACCCGAGCUCACCGAUGAGCAGAUUCUUGAGUUGGAACAACGCAUCAAGGACGAAGAGGCACUCAAAAUUCCUCUCGUUUGCCAAGAUGAGUCAAUCACUACGUUGGAGGAAGAAUUCAAAGGCAACGAACCAUUUCUGCGCAAGGUCAAAAAUCUAGGCGAAUCGUCAGAUAGGAUACGUAAAUGUCGUGGCGAUGGCAACUGCUUUUUCCGAGCAUUUUCAUUCGCUUGGUUUGAGAGCUUGAUGCGUGCCGAUCAAGCAACCUAUCAAGCUGCUUUAGCCAAACUCAAAACAACGCCAGAUUUACUCGAACGCGCAGGAUUUCAAAAACUCGCAUUUGAGGAUUUUUAUGAGGUGACGCUCGAACAGUUUGAAUUGCUCCCACAACGCGAUCCAGACAUGUUAUUGGCAAGUUUUCAAUCCGAAGAAAUCAGUAAUGCCAUUGUGAUGCACUUGCGUUUUGUGGCAUCUGCCUAUCUUCGUAUCCAUUCAGCCGAGUAUGAGCCGUUCUUGGUGGUAGAGAUGAUAUCGAUUGACGAGUUCUGCGCAAUGCAUGUGGAGGCCUUUGGCCGCGAGUCGGAUCAUUUGCAGAUCAUUGCCUUGAGCAAGGCGCUAGAGGUGCCCGUGCAGAUCGUUUAUCUCGAUGGCAGUGCGGAUCAGCAAGCAGCUGUGCAUGAUUUCUUCCCAGAUGAAUCGUCAGAUCCUGCUAAACCCUUGCGGCUGAUUUACAGACCAGGUCACUAUGAUAUCCUUUACGAAAAACGUUAA